AUGCCUAAAAAAAAGGAAUCUAUACCGGCGCAGAGCCAAAUGCCGGCAGGCAUACCUGACCAGGACAUUACAGAUGAAGAACAAAGUUUGAAUGAUGAUGAUGAAACUAAUGACGAUGAUCAUCAAGACUAUGUUCAAGAACUUGUAAACAAAUAUGCCGGCGCAGAGCCAAAUGCCGGCAGGCAUGCCGGGCGCGGAGUGGCCAAUCCCGGCAGGGAUGCCGAUCCAGGCAGGGAUACCGGAGAGGUCAAUACCAGCGCUCCCAAAAAACGUACUGCAUCAGAGAAGCAGCGAGCACAUUUAGAAAAAAGCCGAGAAAAGGCUCUUCAGGUUAGACGAGAACUUGCCGCCAAGAGAAAAGAAGAGAGAGAACUAGAAAAGAAGAGAAAAGAGGAUGAACGGAUUCUUGCUAAGGCCGAAGCCCUUAGAGUGGAACAGGAAAAAUGUGUCGAGGCUAGGCUCCGCAACUAUAUGAAGGACUUACAAAGUCACAAGACUAAAGCGAAGCGAAUUAAAACGCCAAUACCGAAAAAAAGACGGCAGAUUGUAGUUGAGGAAUCAUCAGAUGAUUCUUCAGAUGAUGAUGAUUAUCAGGUUGUUAAAGUCAUCAAGAGAAAGAGAACUCGCCCUGUUCAUCCCACUCGCGCAGAUGUAGUCCGUUUUAAAAAUGGACAUGAGUAUGUCGGGCACGCAGAACCAUAUCCCAGUGCAGAGCCAUAUGCCGGCAGGCAUGCCGGGCACGGAGUGGCCAAUCCCGGCAGGGAUAUCAUGCGUACCAAACCACCAUCGAUCUUUGAUGACAUUGUAUAG